ACCCUAAAUCCACCAAUCAAAUUUUCUUGCUUUCAUUUCCUAUCCUCGUAGGUUAUUUUUUCCAUCGACGAUUUGAAGAUUUACUAUGGCCGGUAAAGGAGAAGGUCCGGCGAUCGGAAUCGAUCUUGGAACCAAGUACUCUUGCGGAAUGGAAAUGGCCGAAAUGGAAAUGGAAAUGGAGGAACGCUCCUUUGUUGUCUCUUCAGACCCUCACCAGGUUCAUCCUCUUUCUCUCUUAUCUCUAUUUUUCUGAUCCAAAUCUCAUUUGCGCCUCCCGGAUCAUCCUCUCAAAAAUGACGACAUAGCGGCAUCUUGCGGAUCGGAAGGUGGAGACGUUUGAGAAGAACAUUUUGAAGAGAGGGGUUGUGCUUGAGACUGCUACUAAGAAGGGAAAAGAUUACCCUGUUGGCCCUAUUCUUCUUGGAUUCUUCGUUUUUGUCGUCAUUGGAUCAUCUCUGUUUCAGAUAAUCAGGACGGCAACAGAUGGAGGAAUGGGAUGAGAGCCAUCUUUAAUUCUGAUGAGAGGGGUAGCAGGCAGGACAUGAGCCAAGGUUAAGUGGAAAUCCUGGAAUGACAAUGGACUGGCAAGGUGCUCUUGCAAGCCCUAGUUCAUUUACUGUAAAGAGGAUUUUGCGUUUGGAAAUUCCAGUGGACACAUAUCCGAAUUUCAAUUUUGUUGGACGGCUUCUUGGACCGAGAGGCAAUUCUCUGAAGCGGGUAGAAGCUACUACAGGAUGUCGUGUGUAUAUCAGAGGAAAGGGGUCAAUUAAAGAUCCAGAGAAGGAAGAGAAACUCCGAGGAAGACUUGGUUAUGAACAUCUGAACGAACCACUGCAUGUCCUAAUUGAGGCUGAUUUACCAGCCAAUAUCAUUGAUAUCAGGCUGAGACAGGCACAAGAAAUUAUAGAACUACUUAAACCCGUGAUAAUUGAAGUCAUAUCGGGUUGAAAGCUAAGCGAUUGUGCAGAGAUUGCCAAGCGACCGUUGAAAAUUGAAGACUAAGAAGACAUUUAGGAUUUUUAAUUAUUUAAUUCUUGUAUUAUAAUCUUUUUUCAU